CUUCGCAUUUUCCAGAAAAGAUGGCAGCUGUUGAUAUCGAUAUGCCGGUAGAAACAGAGCCCGUGAUCCGCGCUCAGGAUGACCUGGAGCGCGAAGCUGAAGGCUUCAAAGAGCAAGGGAAUGCAUACUACAGCAAGAAAGAUUACUCUGAAGCCUUCAACUAUUACACCAAGGCCAUCGAUGCAUGUCCCAGGAAUGCCAGUUACUAUGGUAACAGGGCGGCCACCCUAAUGAUGCUCAGUCGGUUUCGAGAAGCGCUCGAAGACUCCCAGCAGGCCGUGCGUCUGGACGACUGUUUCAUGAAGGGUCAUCUGCGCGAGGGCAAGUGUCACAUGUCUCUGGGGAACGGCAUGGCGGCCAGCCGCUGCUUUCAGAAGGUUCUAGAGCUGGACCCGAACAACAAAGAGGCCAAGCAGGAGAAAAAGAAUGCAGCGGUUCUGCUGGAGUACGAGAAAAUGGCUGAUUUCAGCUUUGAAAAACGGGAUUUCAGAAAGGUGGUGUACUGCAUGGAUCGGGCCUUGGCUCUGGCACCUACCUGCCAUCGCUUUAAAAUCCACAAGGCCGAGUGUCUCGCUCUGCUGGGACGUUAUCCUGAAGCUCAGUCUGUGGCGAGUGACAUUCUGAGGUUGGACUCGACCAACGCAGACGCGCUUUACGUCCGGGGCCUGUGCCUGUACUACGAGGACUGCAUUGAUAAAGCCGUGCAGUUCUUCGUCCAGGCUCUGCGAAUGGCACCUGAUCAUGAAAAGGCCCGACUAGCCUGCAGGAAUGCCAAAGCUCUAAAAGCCAAGAAAGAGGAGGGCAACCAGGCAUUUAAGAUCUACAACUAUGAAUCUGCUUAUGUUCUGUACACUGAAGCGCUGGCGAUAGACCCCAACAACAUCAAGACCAACGCUAAACUCUACUGCAACAGAGCUACGGCAGGAGCAAAGCUGAAGAAACUUAACCAAGCCAUAGAAGACUGUACCAGUGCAAUCAGACUCGACGACACGUACAUCAAGGCCUACUUGAGGAGAGCGCAGUGCUACAUGGACACAGAGCAGUACGAAGAGGCUGUACGCGACUACGAAAAAGUUUACCAGACUGAAAAAACCUCAGAUCACAAACAUCUGCUGAAGACGGCACAGAUGGAGCUGAAAAAGAGCAAAAGAAAAGAUUAUUACAAGGUGCUUGGGGUCGGGAAGAACGCCACAGAGGACGAGAUCAAGAAGGCGUACCGCAAGCGGGCCCUCAUGCACCACCCAGACCGCCACAGUGGAGCAACUCCAGAGGUGCAGAAAGAGGAGGAGAAGAAGUUCAAGGAAGUGGGAGAGGCGUUCACCGUCCUCUCCGAUCCCAAGAAGAAGAUGCGCUACGAUAACGGACAUGACCUGGAGGACGACGGCUGCUUUGAAGGAGAUUUUGAUGCAAACAACAUCUUCAGGGCUUUCUUCGGUGGUCAUGGUGGAGGAUACAGUUUUGAUUCCAGCCCCGACUCAGGACCAGGAAAUUUCUUUUUCCAGUUCGGUUAAUGUGAAGCAGCGUGAUUGGGAGCAAACCUCUGCGGUGUAGAUAAACGUGGACCCUGUCACCUUGUGAUACUCAAACUCCUGAGUGUGUUGAAGUAUCUGCCCACUGAUCUUUUAAUUAAUGUUUUUAUUAUUAUUAUUAUUAUUAUUAUUGCACCCAAUCCUCAAAUCACUCCUUACACUGAUGCUGACAAACACCAGAAAGAAUAAUUCAUAGGUUUUGGUUAUGAAUUAACAACUAAGGCACUUGAAUCGUUUGAGGUUUUUGUACUAGCUGGUGUUAGCAUGUCACAGUUUCAGUAUUGACCUUGUAUUACACAUGAUUGAGAUUUUAAAACCGACUCAAGCUUCAGAAAGCUGGUCCGGGAUGAGAGUGGAUUAGUUUUAAAGGAUUACAUUUAACAAGUGAAACGUUUUUCUGAGGACCUGCCGUCAUUCGGAGCGUCUCUCCUAAACGACAACGCCUGGAAGCCGACACUAUUCCUGGGUUUUAAAUGGAUUUUAAUUUUUUGUUUUGUUUGCCAAAACCCCAUUUCUCUUUUCAUUUUGUUUAUUGCAUCGAAUAUUUGACUCAGAAUGUAAUUCAGCAUGUCCAUAUGUUUUCUUUUUCAGUCUUCCCUCAGUUUGUUUGUAUUUAUUGUACUGUGUAUCAUUACCUGAAUGCAGCAGAAUGCCUGAGGAUCUCGUCUUCAAUUGUUUUUUUGUUUUGUUAAGAAAGAAACAAACCUCUUAAAAGUGAUUUCCAUCUGGUCUUUGUCACUCUGACACUGCCAUAUUUUUUAUUUUUGAGACAAGCCAAAAUAAAAGAUCGUUUCCCUUUUUCUUAUCUCAGCAAACCAACCUAAACCAGUACUAUCCACCCAGUUACAUUUAAGUGGUGCCUUAUUGGGAUUGGUUGAAGCUCACAACAAACCACAGAAGUACAUUUUGCUGAAGCAUCUUUUAGUGUCUGGGAAAAACUAAACAUUUCAGAAGUUAAUUUUGCACAUGAAGUCUUCAUCCUGUUAAAUGUGAGGCUUUAGGUUUGGUUCCAGUCACUGUCCUGAUCUGUCAAGUCAUUACGGUGUGAACUUGUCAUGCACGUUUGUUCACUGCAGUCCUUCCCCUUCUUGUUCCACCUGUUUGGACGAGUAUUAAUUGUAGGUUCGAGGCUCUCUCCAUCAUUUGGUAAAAAUGUUUUUUUUUUUGUUUUUCUUUGAAUUUUUUGAAAUAAAGGCUUGUCUUUUACUGUAA